AUGAGCGCUGAGGGUUUCCUCGCGGGCGUCGAAGGCGGCGUGGUGCCGGUGGACUGCCACGAUCGCGUGUUGCAGAUAGCAUUCAACUAUAUGGAUCAGGGGCUGUGGACCGGCAACGGCGUGUUCGAUGUUGUCGAGAAGCUGCACGCGCGCGGGUGGUCGUUUGGCGAGGGGGAGUUGAGGUUCAAUCGCACCCUAGAUAUAUUCUAUCUCGCCCAGCUUGCCGCGGCCAUCUACCGCUCCUCCUCCCAACUCGACGGCGACUUUCCCUCCCCCUCCGAUUUCCCCGCCUUCUACACCACGCACCGCGCACUCCUCCACCCCUCCGCAUGGCGCUCCUACUACUCCGCCGCCUUCCUCACCCAGCCCACCACAGCGCGCUUCUACCGCCUGCCCGACCUCCAAGAUCUGCCCGACUCCGACUCCCCACUGGCGCAGCCACGCCAGCCACCCCCCGGCGGCGGCGCAGCACACGCCACGAAACUCCCUCGCUGGGCCUACAGCGUCGAGCGCACGCACCGCAGGCAGCCCUCCCUUCCGCUAGCGACUCUCACGCGAUUAGCCCUCAGCACGCUCGAGAUGACCACCGCGCGCCUGCGCACGGUCCACCCCAGCGUGCCACCCUACUCCGAAACGCAAGCGCGCUUCUGGCUCGAGGACAUGAAGCUCGGUUCCCCUAUGCCAUCCGGCUUAACAAAGGCACAGUCCCAGCAAGCGUGGAAGCCGAACAGCUUCGGCGUAAUGGUAGCGCAGGGAGCGCAGGAUAUGUACGCGUGGGAAGCGCAGUAUGGCGCGUGGGAUAGUGGUGUGCAGUGGUGUGGAUGGCCGGAUGGUGGGGUGGAGGUGCAGGCGUGGGAGAGGGGGUGGGAAGAGGAGGUAGGGAGUCAGGAGGAGGUGGAGUUUUUGGCUGCUGUUGUGGUGGAGGAGACAGUGGGGGUGGAGGUGAAUAAAUUGGACUUUGCGGUGCGCUCACAUAUAUUGUUGGGGUUGAUGCGGGCUGCGGUUGAGGGGGGACGGGAGAGGGAAGCUUUUCUGGAGGAGCUGGAGAAGGGAAUGGCAUUGAAGGGGCGGAUUGGGGAGGAAAGGGCAGGGAGGUGGCUGAAGGAGGCCUUGAAGGUCGUGGAGCCAUAUGUGAGAAUGUGGGAGGGUGCGUGGCCUGCUGUGGAGGAGGAGAGGGCGGAGAUGCUACGACGGAUUUUGGUGGAGAAUGGACAGUUCUUUGCAAGAUGGAAAUUUUCGCCGCUUUUGAAAGAGUUUAACUUUGAGCUGGGUCCGAGAGAACAAGAGUAG